AUGAACCAGUCGGAGCACCUAGACCUGAUCUCCACUGCAAACAGCAGUCUCGGCAGUCAUGUCAGGUUGUCGCUGAACCACUCCUGUCCUCUGGGCUGGGGGCAAAACGAACUGGUGGAGGCCUGUGUCUUAGAGACUGCUAUAAUUGUACUCCUGACGGUACUCAUCAUCGUGGGCAACCUGACGGUGAUCUUCGUGUUUCACUGCGCUCCCCUACUACACCACUACACCACCAGUUAUUUCAUCCAGACAAUGGCCUACGCUGACCUGCUGGUGGGGCUCAGCUGUCUGGUACCUACACUUUCCCUUCUUCACUAUCCGGCUGGUGUGCAAGAGCCCCUCACCUGUCAAGUGUUCAGUUACGUCAUCUCAGUACUCAAGAGCGUCUCUAUGGCCUGUCUGGCCUGCAUCAGCGUUGACCGCUACCUGGCCAUCACCAAGCCGCUCUCCUACAACCAGCUGGUGACGCCCUGCCGUUUGCGCUGCUGCAUCAUCCUCAUCUGGAUUUACUCCUGCACAGUCUUCCUACCCUCCUUCUUCGGAUGGGGGAAGCCGGGUUACCAUGGUGACAUCUUCGAGUGGUGCGCCCACUCGUGGCCCACCUCGGCUCUCUUCACAGGCUUCGUGGUGUGUCUCUUGUACGCACCUGCUGCACUGGUGGUCUGCUUCACCUACUUCCAUAUUUUCCGGAUCUGCCAGCAACACAAUCGGGAGAUCAGCGAGCGAAGGGCGCGCUUUCCCAGCCAGGAGAUGGAGGCCGGCGAGGGAGGCAGCGGACAAAGUGCAGGCCACGGACCAGACCGUCGAUACGCCAUGGUUCUCUUCCGCAUUACCAGCGUCUUUUACAUGCUCUGGCUACCCUACAUCAUCUACUUCCUGCUGGAGAGCUCCCACGUGCUGGACAGCCCAGCACUUUCCUUUGUCACCACCUGGCUGGCCAUUAGCAACAGCUUCUGCAAUUGCGUCAUCUACAGUCUAUCCAACAGUGUGUUUAGGCUAGGCAUGCGCAGGCUCUCACAGACACUCUGUUCAUCUUGCUCCUUCAGCUGCUGUGCUCACAAUGACAAAGACUUUGGAGAGCCAAAACCUCGAAAGAGGGCCAACUCCUGCUCCAUCUGA